CGCCCCCUAUGGACAGCUGCUGACAUCCCAUUGACCAAACGUGUCGCUGUUGUCUCCUCUCCUGCACUGUGGGUAAAAUCAUCCAAAAAAUAAGACUAAAAUGGCAUUUACCUCCCAAGGCACAAAGAAAAAAGUUUGCUACUACUAUGAUGGUGAUGUUGGAAAUUACUACUAUGGUCAGGGCCAUCCCAUGAAGCCUCACCGAAUCCGCAUGACCCACAACCUGCUGCUCAACUAUGGGCUCUACAGAAAGAUGGAGAUCUAUCGUCCACACAAAGCCAGUGGAGAAGAGAUGACCAAGUAUCACAGUGAUGAUUACAUCAGGUUCUUGCGCUCUAUCAGGCCAGACAACAUGUCAGAAUACAGCAAACAGAUGCAGAGAUUUAAUGUGGGUGAGGACUGUCCGGUCUUCGAUGGUUUGUUCGAGUUCUGCCAGCUCUCAGCAGGAGGCUCCGUCGCCGGUGCCGUAAAGUUGAACAAACAGCAGACAGACAUCGCGAUCAACUGGGCCGGAGGGCUUCAUCACGCCAAAAAGUCUGAAGCCUCUGGGUUUUGCUACGUCAACGACAUCGUACUGGCAAUCCUGGAGUUACUGAAAUACCAUCAGAGAGUUCUCUAUAUAGAUAUUGACAUCCACCAUGGAGACGGUGUGGAGGAGGCUUUCUACACCACAGAUCGUGUUAUGACUGUGUCCUUCCACAAGUAUGGAGAGUACUUCCCAGGCACCGGUGACCUGAGGGAUAUUGGUGCUGGAAAGGGUAAAUAUUAUGCUGUAAAUUAUCCACUGAGGGAUGGGAUCGAUGAUGAGUCCUAUGAAGCCAUUUUCAAACCUAUCAUGGCGAAGGUGAUGGAGAUGUACCAGCCCAGUGCUGUGGUCCUCCAGUGUGGAGCCGACUCUCUGUCAGGGGACAGACUGGGCUGCUUCAACCUCACCAUUAAAGGCCAUGCCAAGUGUGUGGAGUACAUUAAGAGCUUCAACCUGCCGCUGCUGAUGCUGGGAGGAGGCGGCUAUACGAUCCGGAACGUGGCUCGUUGCUGGACAUUUGAGACUGCUGUGGCCCUUGAUAGCUCCAUCCCCAAUGAGCUCCCAUACAAUGAUUACUUUGAGUACUUUGGACCAGACUUCAAGUUGCACAUCAGCCCCUCCAAUAUGACCAAUCAGAACACAAACGACUACCUGGAGAAGAUCAAGCAGCGCUUGUUUGAGAACCUGCGCAUGUUGCCUCACGCCCCCGGAGUCCAGAUGCAAGCCAUCCCAGAGGACGCCGUGCAGGAGGACAGUGGCGACGAAGAGGACGAUCCAAACAAACGCAUAUCUAUCCGCGCUCACGACAAAAGGAUAGCGUGCGAGGAAGAGUUCUCGGACUCUGAGGACGAAGGCGAAGGCGGUCGCAGGAAUGCAGCCAGCUACAAGAAAGCCAAAAGGACCGAAGGAGAGAAGGAGACAGAGGAGAAGAAGAAGAGUACAGAGGAAACAAAAGAAGUAAAAGAAGAAGAGAAGGUACCAGAGGAGGAAAAAAUGGACACGUCAAAGCCAAAUGAGGAACCCAAGACACCUUGAGGUCCUGAACUUCCUGUGACAACAGUACAUCAGAUCAGAGCUGAUCCUAAAGUUUUUUUUUUCUAAAUGAUUGUUGCAGUGAAAGCUGGUAAAGAACUGUAUAUUUUAAGGCAGUGGAGAUUAAAUGGUUUCCAUUUGUUCUUAAUCUUUUCAACUUUUCCGUGUUUGGACAGAAAACGUAUUUUUCAGUAUUUUUUUGUAUGAAUUUCUCUUAUUUACUAUAUUUGCUUUUCCAGUUGUGAAAAUAUCUGUAAAAAUGGCUUAGCAUGUGCCUAUUUUAUAUACUUGGAUGUAAUUUAACUAAUUUUGGCAAUUGUCUUUGUCAUUUGAUCCCCUUGUGUUAUGUGCCUUUGGAGUUGUAGCAAAAUAAUGUAGAAAAAUGUGUCCCUUUUCUAGAAAACAUGCAACUCGUCUUGUCCACCAAAAUUUACAAGAUGCAUAUUUCUAUACAUAUUUUACAGUUCUGCUUAAAUUAGCUUGUGCUUUUAAGUUGCGCAAUAACUUUAGGGAUUUUUCAGAAACUAAAGAGAUCACAUUUUGAACACAUUUCUUUAAACAAACUUGUCUGUUGACGACUAAGUUCACUGAAAAGGAAAGCCAGAUGUCUCGAUUGAUUUGUGUAUAUAUUCGUAUUCUGAAAACAGGUGAGUUCUUUAAACAUUUUGAUUGAACAAAACCUGUCAGAGAUUUCAACUGCAUUAAAAUCUUUUUUUAAA